UACCGGCGUGAUCACUGUUGCUUGUUGGCUGGUUGGCUUGCAACACGCGGCGCAUGCGACGAGCGACCGGCUACAAGGACAACCGGGGAAUGCGCGACCCGGGAGAAAGACGAGGAGCGCGAUACAACGGCGCGCCUCAAGAUGGCCGUUGGGUGAGCCUCAAGUUGCCAGGCUUCUUACAUUUCGUCACGAAUGCAUCGGCCGCGCAAAGUGCAUCUCCAGCGCUCUCUGGUGAUCCUUUACCGAAGGUUCGCAGAAAAAUUCGAAAAUGGCGAAUCGCACCGUGAAAGACGCUAAAUCUAUUCGCGGAACAAAUCCGCAAUAUUUGGUGGAAAAGAUUAUUAGAUCACGGAUAUACGAUUCCAAAUACUGGAAAGAAGAAUGUUUCGCAUUAACAGCGGAAUUGCUGGUUGACAAGGCGAUGGAAUUGAGAUUUUUAGGAGGAGUAUACGGCGGUAAUGUGAAACCCACGCCAUUCCUCUGUCUCAUACUAAAAAUGCUCCAAAUACAGCCUGAGAAGGACAUCAUAGUUGAGUUUAUAAAAAAUGAAGAGUUUAAAUACGUUCGUGCAUUAGGUGCACUGUAUAUGAGACUAACUGGCUCAUCCCUGGACUGUUACAAGUAUCUCGAACCAUUAUUCAACGAUAACAGAAAGCUCAGGAUACAAAACAAGCAGGGUGUGUUUGAGCUCAUACACAUGGAUGAAUUUAUCGACCACCUUCUCAGGGAGGAAAGAUGUUGCGAUGUUAUUUUACCAAGGAUUCAAAAGAGAUACGUUUUAGAAGAGAAUAACGAACUAGAGGCGAAGAUUUCGGCGUUAGAGGAUGAUAUGGAUGACGGUAUCGAAUCGUCAGAGGAAGAAGAAAUUGCACCGAUUAAAGAAUCACCGCGCAAGAGACCGGACGAUCAUGAAAGAGAGAGAGAUCGUCACAGGGACAGGGACAAGAGGCAUUCUCGAUCCGAGAAAAAAUCCGAGAAGGAGAAGCAGAGGUCGAGAAGUAGAGAGAGAGAUAGAGACAGAGAUAGGAGGGAGCGUAAACGCAGCAGAUCGCCGAAAUCUCACUCGUCUUCGCAUAAAGAUAAAGAUAGAGAUAGGGAUCGUCACAGAAGAGAUGAUAGAGAAAGGGAGAGAGAAAGAGAAAGAGAGCGAGAUCGGAGAAGAGAACGCGACAGAACUAGGCAUUAAAAUACGACGAGUACAAUCUUUUGAUUGAAUUCUUAUAUAUAAUCGAGUGAAUGGACGAAUAAAUUGGUGAGAUUCUUUUCUUAUUCUUAUCAUUGAUUGAAUGUAUUUAGCGCCGGUAUGUGACACAUUUACAGGAAUUCGGUAUUAAAAUCACAAUACGCAUCCGAAAUCGAAUCCGUAUAACAUAUUCAAAUAUAUGUAUAUACAUUUUUCAUAUCAUUUACGUUAUAUUACAAUU